UUCUCUUGUUGGCACUUCUGCCAGGAGGGGUGUUCUCUUUCUGCUCCGUUCUCUGUUAGUGUGAUUGCAGUGAUUAUUCCCCCAUAAACGGGCUCCUCCAAAGGCUUCGAUCAUGCCUCCCCUCCUUGGCCCCGUUGUCGCUGUUCUGCUGCAGCUUGUGGUCUUCGCAUGUGUGACUUGUGGGGCGUACUAUGGACACAAUCAGCACCCUCAGCCAUUCCAGCAUAUGCAGCACCUUCAACACAUGAACAUGGGCAAGGGGGGUUUUCCUCAACAACAGUACCUUGGCAAAGACGUGCCGUACAUGCAGUAUCCACACUACAGGAAGGAGCAGCCCCAGAUGCCCAUGCUCAAAGGCAAAGAAAAUCCUCGUAAAGGGGGACACUACAACGGUGGCAAAGACAAAGGUCUAACAAUCCCUAGUGGUGUGGAAGGCGUUACCCAGGGAGAACAAGGCCCAGCAGGACCACCGGGACCAGAGGGACCUCAAGGACCUCCUGGACCUCCAGGAAUUGGACUGCCUGGACCUGAGGGCCAACCAGGACCUCCAGGUCAACCAGGAUUACCUGGAAUGGGGAAACUGGGCUUGCCUGGACUGCCUGGAAAACCAGGUGUAAAUGGCAAGCCUGGCCUUCAAGGAAAAAUGGGAGCAAGAGGUGAAGAAGGUCCAGCUGGUCAAGCAGGUCCCCAGGGGCCCCCGGGUCCACCUGGGCUUCCUGGAAUAGGCAAACCAGGAAUACAGGGAUUACCAGGACAACCAGGUGCCAAAGGAGAACCAGGCCACAAGGGUCUGCCCGGACUGCCGGGAUUACCGGGACCAAAAGGAGACAAAGGGAUGGGCCUGCCAGGACAGCCUGGUCACAAAGGACUUCCUGGGCCUCCUGGACCCUCUGGACCAAGAGGGCUGCCGGGUUUUGGAAAACCAGGGUUGAAUGGUUUACCAGGACCACAGGGACCCCCAGGACAUAAAGGACAUCCUGGAGAACUAGGCCCCCCUGGGCCCACGGGGGAAGGAGGUAAACCUGGCCCUCCAGGUCUACCUGGCCAAGGAAAGCCAGGUCAAAAUGGUCUGCCUGGACAACCAGGAAGGACAGGUGAGACGGGCCUUCCAGGACCACCAGGUUUGCCAGGAAAACCAGGUCUUCCAGGAUUUGGUAAGCAAGGACUCACAGGACCAAAAGGAGAUAAAGGAAUGAGUGGACCACCUGGACCCCCAGGUCUCAAAGGAGAUAAGGGUCAUGGUGGAUUGCCUGGAAUGCUUGGACCCCCCGGACCAAAUGGUCCACCAGGCCCUCCAGGACCAAUCGGACGACCUGGAAGUAUAGGUGCACCCGGUCCUAAAGGAGAUUGUGGAGAUGGAGGACCUAAAGGGCUCGAUGGGGCCAAGGGUGAAAUUGGUCCUCAAGGACUACCUGGCAAGAAUGGUCUACCUGGGGAACUUGGGGAACCAGGUCCAAGAGGUCUGCCGGGACCAAGUGGUCCUAAAGGUGCUGAUGGACAUAAAGGUUUACCUGGUAUGCCUGGUCCCUCCGGAACUCCUGGUUUAAGAGGACAGACUGGAUUACCUGGAGAAAGGGGUAUUCAGGGACCCCAGGGAAUCCCGGGAAUAGAUGGUACAGCUGGACCAAUUGGGCCUCCUGGUCCUACAGGGCCUAAAGGAGAAAAUGGUCUUCCUGGUCCACCAGGCGUUGCAGACAUUGGGAGUCCUGGCGUGCCUGGUCCCGUAGGAGCCCCAGGAAGAGAGGGACCAUCUGGAGCUCCAGGGCAGCCAGGUCAACCUGGUCCCCCUGGACCACCAGGACCACCUGGUGAACCUGUUUUUUCUCCAGAAAUGGCUGGAGUACUCUCUCAGAUGGGCCCAGGACUAGACGGUGUUAAAGCUGGUAGUUACGGGAAAAAGAGCAAAUAUGGUGGAGGUGGGGCUGAAAUAAUGGGUUCCAGUGGGCUUGAAAUGCCUGCAUUUACUGCUCUAGCAACUACUCCUUUUCCUCCCGUGGGCAGUCCAGUAGUUUUUGAUAAGCUCCUGUACAAUGGCCGCCAAAACUACAAUCCCGAGACUGGAAUUUUCACCUGUGACAUCCCUGGCAUCUAUUACUUUGCCUAUCACAUUCACUGCAAGGGAGAGAAUGUGUGGGUGGCUUUGAUGAGAAACAAUGAGCCUGUGAUGUAUACAUAUGAUGAAUACAAGAAGGGUUUCUUAGACCAAGCAUCCGGAAGUGCGGUACUACCUCUUCAAACCGGGGACACUGUGUACAUUCAGAUGCCAUCAGAUCAGGCCUCGGGACUUUAUGCUGGACAGUAUGUGCAGUCAUCCUUCUCGGGGUAUUUGCUCUAUCCGAUGUAAAUUUGCAUACUUCAGAGUGAAGGAAAGGACAAAUAUUUGUAUAAUUAAUGAUGGUAUUAUAAGUUAUCUUAGACUGAGCAUUCAUUAAUGUUCAGUCUGAAAUGUUGCUGUCAUCCACAGAGAUGAAAGCAUAAGAUUUGUACUGGAUAACCCAAAAGUCAUUUCAAAUGGAAGAACCAAGACUUCAAGAAAGCACCUGCAAAAAAGUUGUAUUUCUUAAAAAAAAAAAAAAAAAACUGACACAAAUGAUUACAAUUUGUGCAAGAUGUAAUAUGUAAAAAGAAAUACAGAAAGCUUUUUGAGUGUAUUAACAAGACGUUAAGGUGAAGUGCUCUCCGUUCAUUACACCGCUGCAGCAGUGUCAAAUUCAGUCCUUGCACAGUGUCAAAAUUGGCAGCUAACCCAUUCAGCAGGUAUUGGAAAACGUUAGCAUAGAUUUAAUUUAAUUUUGCAUUCAUACCUUAUGUCUCUCAGCGUAUGAAUGUAAAAAAAAUCUAAAAUGACCUCAUGAGGACGACUAUGCAGGUAGUUUCCAGCAUUUUGUAUAAAUCUUGUUUUUAAGGUUAACACAUUCAUUAUUGUGGAGCUUGCAAAUGUCUGAGCUCUGGGAAAUGAUUUGGAUAAUUAAUUUCAGUGAGAAGUAUACAAAGGCUAACUGAAUGACUGAAAAACGAUACAUGGAGGAAAUGCAUAUACUGAUACAAGUGUGUUAAUCAUAGUACGCGUGUAUAGAGGAACAUAAACCUUAGAUGGUAAAGACAAACAUGACAACUUUUUAAGGCGUGUUGACAGCUUUCAUAGGAGAUGAGAAAGACAAUAUAAUGUUAUUUUUACUAUAAAGUGUUUGUUGAUAAUUUUGUCAAUUUGCUGCUGUGAAAAACCCAUUAGACUCUAGACACGUUGUUGCUCUGAACCGUAAAGCCACUCAAAAGACUACAUUAGACCAUUUCCACACAAUGAAAACAUCACCACAAGCAGCACACACGUGUACUGUCCUUGUUUGCCUGCAGUCUUUUGUGCAGAAUAGUAUUCAUUCAGUUCUUUACAGAAUGUCAUGUAACUAUUAAAAGGCAGCGUUUUAAUUGUCCCUCUACCUGAUAAUUCAUCUCAUUUGGGACUAAUAACGUUAGUUGGGCUAGUUAAUUUUGUUUCACUUCAUGUCAAAAAUGAAUAAAGAAAAAUGUUCCUUUGUAAUUCUUUUUAUUAGCUUUAAUUGAAAAUCCACAUUCGUAUUAGAAGCACAUCAUUUACACUCCAUUUCCCAUUUAAUGGAUUAGGAUGUAAAUGUCGAGAGCUUAAAGAAGAGUAACCAUUGUGACAAUGUUGUCCCUGUAAUCACAAAGUUAUUGUGUUAAUGUUAAAAGUUUGUAAUGACAGUUUUUUUUUCUAAAUAAAGGUUGUUUACACACAAAA